AGUCCAACAUCCCUCUCCUCAAUAGGGGAAACCCUAGAUCGUGCCUGACCAGGACGAGAGGAGGCGCGGCUCCCCUGACCAGGCGGCGCGAUUCUCUUGUGCGCGGCGGUUGUGCAGGCGGCGCGGCGAGGGCGGCAGUCCGGAGCAGGGAGGCGGCGGCCGGUUGCGGGAGGGGCGACCGCGGGAGGGCUGGUCGCUGGAUGGGUGGCACGGGAGCGGCGGCGUCAGAGCAGGCAGGCGGCAGGUGAGGUCGGCAGCCGGUCGCUUGGGCGGCGGCGGCGGCCGGUCGCUGGAGCAGGGGCGAUGGCCGGUCGCUGGGGCGGCGGCGACGGCCGGCCGCUGGAGCGGGGGUGACGGCCGGCCGCUGGUGAGGGGCCGCGGCGGCGGUCGCUGGAAGGGCUGCGGCCCGCGGCCGGUCGCGCAGGAGCUGCGGCGCCUGGAGUAGGCCGGCGGCGGGAAGAGGUAGGCGCACGCGAUGACUUGACGAAAAUGACAAGGAAAAUAGAGAAGGCAAGCCAAUGUACUCCCAAAUCUUGGGUUCCUGAAGGGAUGGAUCCUGGUACAACAUAUUUGUUGAAAAUCAGGCUCCAAGGGCAUCAUAGUAGAGAGAACUUCACCUAUAAAACAGAGGAGGUGGUAGACAGUGACAGGACAAACUUCAAGGACUUUAUUGAUGACAUUAGGGAGAAGUACCCAUGGGGGGUGAAUGAAUUUAUAACAGUGAACUACUAUGAUUCAGUAAACAAAAACUAUCCUCAAGUGUGCUCAGACCAAUGUAUGCUAGAAAUGUUUGUCAAGAAUGCCACCACCAAGGAAAUAUCUAUGUUGAUUCAAGUUCAUAGCAACAAUGAGCCAGUUGUAGCUCUUCCACUUGCUGAUUGGCCAACACCUGAAAAGAUAGCUAGUGGGACAGUACAUAAUGCGGCUGACAUACAUGAGGUGCCAUCCACUCCAUCUCUUGCAGUGCCAUCUCAGGCUACUAUAUCUCAGCCUAGCAGUAGCACACAACUUGUUGAUAAGUACUUAGCAAAUCCAUUUAAACAAAAUGAACAUGUUGGUGUUGAUGAUGAAGGCAUCUACUCCGAUGAUGAAAUUGUUGUGGUUACUGCUGAUGGUGAGCAUGAGCGUACUGAUGUGCCUAAGGUGGUUAGUGAGGAGGGAGAGGAAGAAGAGGAGGAAGAAGAGGAGGGGGAGGAGGAAGGGGAAGGGGAGGAGGAAGGGGACGAAGAAGGGGAGGGGGAGGAAGAAGGGGAAGGGGAGGAAGAAGGUGAGGGGGAGGAAGAAGAGGAGGGAGAUGAGAAGGAUUGGGUUGUUCAAGAUUUUAUUCCUGUCCAAAAAAAAGGCAAAAGAAGGCUACUAAUGAACAUUGUGAAACUAGCAUUAUUCCUGUUCCUAGUGAAUCUUCAGCCCAAAAUCCUUGCUUAGCUCCAACUAUGUCAUACCCACCAACCAAAAGCUGCCAAAGUGGGAAAAAAAGGACAUACUAUUACUUCAUCAGAUUCAAUUAGAUCAAGAUCAGUGACAGGAUCCAACCAACCGGAACCUUUGAGUGUGCUGAUGCCACUACCAGCACUAGCACCUGACAAGUGCAAGGCCAAGGCCAAACCCAAGACAAAGACUAAAGCCAAGGUAGCCACUAAGAAAAACAAGGAAGAUAGCACUGAUGCUACACCUUUGGCUCAAAUCAAGCGAAAAAAAGUUGUUCCCGUGACUCCAGAUAGUCCAGCAAUGGGGACAAGAAGCAAAAAGAAGAAAUCUCUAGAUUUUAAUUUAUACUAAGCAUGUGUUGAAUUAUUUUGGUACUGUAAUAUUUGGAAGUUAGCUUGGUACUGUAAUAUCUUGGAGUACUGCUCUAGUUAAUUUGCAUGUUAGGACUGUGUUAGUAUGCACUGUGAUGAGUGCUGAUGCACUAUAAUGUAUUUUGGUACCGUCAAUAUGUAUUUUGGUGUUGUGAGGUCAUUUGAACCUUUAUGACAUGACCAUGUAAUAUUUUAGAGACCUUGGUAUACUGCAUGUCCAAGCUUUUGUUGGAGAACUACUUGUUUAA